GAAGGGGUGAGCUGUCGACUUGUAUAUAGCGGCCCACCAUUUAACAACAGGAAAUUCAACAUGGCGGUGGAUGAGGACAAGACCCGUUCUCGAAUCAAGUUUGGCUCUUCCAAAGCGAAUGCGCGUCCAAUGACGCGCGUCGCCAUUAAUCAUCGCUUCGUCGUAUCAGUUAUGACAACCAUUGUCGUGACCGUUUUAGUAUUCAUGAUCCAUGGAUCGGUGGUCGAGGGCCAGUUCGAGCGAGGUCCCACCAGGCGAUCCGCAUUCAUGGAAUUGGCUCGUUUCGAGAACUGUGGGAUAUCGGCGACACCAAUCGCCGAACUGUAUGCGACAACGCGCUUGGGAUGUGCGAUGCGCUGUUUAGAAAACAAUGAUUGCGUGAGCUAUGAAUUCAAUGAGGUAAACACAACUUGUAAUCUUCACGAAGUAUCAGCUUUAUUAAAUCUUGAAGCCAAGUAUGGAUACACAUACGCAGAUGGUGUCAAUCCUAAUGUGGGUGAACAACAUCCAUGUGCUGCUGAUCCAUGUAACGAAGGAAACCUAUGUAUUGAGGAAUGUGUACCCAAUGGAUUUACUUGUGAGUGCCCAGAAGGAUUAAUGGGCACUUAUUGUGAUGCUCUGGCUCCUGUAAAUGGCGGGUUUACACCAUGGGGUGAUUACUCCGAGUGUUCUGACACGUGUCAUCAGACUAGAUACAGAAACUGUACCAACCCAAGAGUUGUGGCUAGAGGAAAGGACUGUGAGGGUCCCAACACCGGAGUCAGAGAUUGUGGUGUCCCAUGUACAGUUUUCCCACAUAUUAAUUGUAUUUCGACUUCGGACUUCAAAAAUGAUUACAAUGCAGUGGAGGUCGAUGAUCAUAACCAGAUGACAUUGGGAGGUUGCAUGGCGACAUGUCAGGAAUUCGGCUACAGGUUUGCUGGUAUAUCUGGAAGUAAAUGUCAUUGCGCAAGAAAUAUGAUGACAACUCACACAGAUGAUUUCAGUGCUACAUGGGAAUGCGAUACACCCUGCCCAGGAUCAGCGGCAAGCUCUAAUCACACAUGCGGAGGUGAAGGACAUGUCUCUAUCUAUGCAACAGGAUCCAGCUAUCGUGGAUGCUACCGUGGAAGGCCAAAGAACGGUGUGGUGGUCAUUGAGCCUGCUGGUCCUACAACGAUGGCAAUGACCACCACCAUGAAGGUCACCACACUUGGUGAAGAAAUGACCACACAACCGGCUGAGGGAUCAACUUUGAACAAGGAAACCACUGUAAAUGAUGUGAUCACAACUGCUGGAGAGGAUGGAACAACUAUUGGACCAGUCAGCGGAGCAGUUGGGGCUGGGACCACUAAUUCAGCCUCGGGUAUGACAGGAGCUGCAGGAAGUGGAACUAUUGCGCGAAGCCCACAACAACCAGGUACCACAGAACCACCAACUACAAAUGCCCCAACGACUACAGCUGCACCAACCACCACUGACAGUGUAACCACACCCUAUGUUACAACCGUCAUUCCAUACCCUGGCAUAACCGUCAAUGAAUGCAUGGGUGAAUGCGAUGUCCUCGGCUUUAUGUACGCCUCUCUUUACAACGGAACACACUGUAUCUGUCAUAACUCAAUGGCUGCACUUGAUGUUGAGUACGAUGACGAGGCAAACUGCGAUAUCGAGUGUGAGGGGGGCAAUGACUUCGGUGGCGGGUUGAUGUGCGGUGGCGAGGGAUAUGUGUCAGUUUAUCAGAACAAGCUCUUUGAAACUACAACAUGGACUGACUGGUACAGUGGGGACUCUCCCUCUGGGGAUGGCUCUGAUAUAGAGACGCCUGAUGAUUUUCGAGCAGCGAAACCAUGGGUGUGUGACAACCCUGUUGAUAUCCAGUGUAAGACCACUAAUGAUCUACGCUAUGAUGAAACAGAUGACGUUCUGGCUGUCCCAUGCACGUUACAAGGAGGGAUUAAUUGUACAAAGGAGGAUCAGACCAUCUAUUUCAAUGUGACAAUCAACAUUACUAACUAUGAUGUCUACGACAUCAACGUCACCACCCAGAUACAGCAAUAUGGCUGCUCGCUUUACGGCGUUGCUGCCAACGGGAGCCUUGUCUAUCUCGAGCCUUACACAGAGAGACCUACAUCUGAACCAACCACUACACCCUUCCCAGGCACCACUGGUGGGCUAGCAAGUACUGCCACAAUGGGUGCUGCUGGCACCUUCACUAUGGCUAUGAGCACCACUGCCAACAUGCCGCUGUACCUCAAUACCACAGUGCAGUGUGGGAAUGCAACCGUAGAUUUGGUAGAGACUCAGACAAUGAAUGAUUCUAUAGUGGUGUUGUCAUGGAAACUCGUACCGCAAGAAAAUGCUUGUGAGGAUUACAAGAUCAGGCUGAAAUGCCCCAAGGAGAAAGACAAGGCAAUUGGUUGCUAUGACAACAGUGAUGUUAGCGAGGUCAAGUCAACUCCGCUCGCUUUGGACUUUGCCACCUGUAUCGCCUCUUGCCGUGACGCUGGGUACCGCUACACGGGUCUGCAAAAUGACAUCGGAGAGUGCGCUUGCGGGAACAGCAUGGCCAAUCAGGAGACCUCAAUUGAUCAGUGUGCACAGACAUGCGGUCAGAAUAAUGAACCAUGUGGUGGUAUCAGCAAACAGGCCGUGUAUUUCUCAGGGUGUGCGCUACCCUUUGAAGUCAAUACAACAAUGAUGACAGGAACACUCAUGCAUAACAAUGAUGAUUCCGAUGACUAUGGGCUAUGGUUCUAUGCCCUGGGCGAUACGCCUUCCGUAGACUUGGGAAACUUCACCAAUGAAGGAGAACAGCUUGACUUUCAAGUUGACAUUGACCUCGGAAGACCAAGGACGAUCUCAAAGCUGGAAACCAAGGGUCUAUACAUGAGCAAAUCAGACACCUGGACGGGGGUCUCAUCUUUUAGCCUUGGAUACCGUCUAAGAGCUGAUCAUGAUCUAGAGGUCCUCACACAGCCUGGUAGUACAGAAGCAGUGGUGUUUGAAAUGUCUGACUUUAGUUCAGUAACGGAGCAUGAUCUUGGUGAUUUCUUGAUGGCCAGAUUUAUCUACAUCUACGUCAAAUCAUACACAGACUUCCCAGCAUUGAAACUUGAAGUGUAUGGAUGUGCAGACUAGUCAAGAAGGAUUCCAUUUCAGAGAAAUAUAUAAUGCAUUUCAAUAUACAGUAUUACAGUGCAUUCCAGAAAAACUGAGAUUUGAACUGCUUCGUCUAGAAGAUUGGAGAGAUCAAUGUCAAGUUCCAUUUUUCUUUAAUAUGACGUAAAAGGAUGAUGCAUAUUUCAGCCUUCGAACAUUCAAUUUCAGUGUCAAGCUGAACAGGAUUAUUGGUCAACAAUUUUUAGGAUAUCACCUUCUUGUAGAAGAGAGAUAUGGCUCAUGAGCAUCACUUUAUGUUGUUUUACAUCCCUUACUGAUAAUUUGUUGCUGUUUGAUUGAGAGCCCUUCACAUGACUAAUCAUAAUUUCACUAGGAAAAUUAAAUUCAUUGGAGAUAAAAAAUAGUUCAUGACGUCAGACUAGAAUAGAUUUUUACUAUUUAGCGUCGACUAAAUACCAUGCAAUCACUCCGGCACAGCGCACAAUAGGUUGCCUCCCCGGGCAAGUAUAGUGAUGCAACCGCGCAGACACUUUAUCAUGCGUCCGCUGAGUGCAGCGCACUCGGCCAAGGUAAAAAUACAAUAUACUAGCUGAAUCACUAACUCUCUGAUAACAAAAUGUCAAUGUGAAAUUAUUUCUUGCUUGAUUAUAAUGAAUCUGUAUGCUGAAAAUCUGAAAAAUAAAGAUGGCCAUCAAUCAUUU